CAGAGGAAAGACUUGUUGGCUUGUGGGACAGCACUUCAUGUUUGGCAAUGGAUCAGAAGGACUGAAGAGCACUGUUGCUCACACCAAUGUUUCUCAGAGCUGCUAAACCAGAACCGAUGAAGAUGUUCACCAGACUCCAAGUCCUUGCUCUAGCUUUGUUUUCCAAAGGAGUUUUCCUUUCCCUAAGUGACCACAGCUUUGUAAGGAAGGAAAUUAAGAUAGAAGGAGACCUGGUCUUAGGUGGCUUAUUCCCAAUCAAGGAAAAAGGCACUGGGAUAGAAGAAUGUGGGAGGAUCAAUGAAGACAGAGGCAUCCAGCGCUUGGAGGCAAUGUUGUUUGCUAUUGAUGAGAUCAACAACGACAACUAUUUGCUGCCAGGAAUUAAACUUGGAGUUCACAUCUUGGACACGUGUUCCAGGGAUACAUAUGCCUUAGAACAGUCUCUGGAAUUCGUCAGGGCAUCUUUGACUAAAGUGGAUGAAACAGAGUACAUGUGCCCUGAUGGCUCCUAUGCCAUUCAAGAGAACUUGCCCUUACUCAUUGCAGGAGUCAUAGGUGGCUCCUAUAGCAGUGUCUCCAUACAGGUGGCAAAUCUGCUGAGACUCUUCCAGAUCCCCCAGAUAAGCUAUGCCUCCACCAGUGCCAAGCUGAGCGACAAGUCCCGCUACGACUAUUUCGCGCGGACGGUGCCUCCAGACUUCUACCAGGCCAAAGCCAUGGCUGAAAUCUUACGCUACUUCAACUGGACUUACGUGUCAACCGUUGCCUCCGAAGGAGACUACGGGGAGACAGGGAUCGAGGCCUUUGAGCAGGAAGCUCGUCUGCGCAACAUCUGCAUCGCCACCUCCGAGAAGGUGGGCAGGUCCAACAUCAGGAAGUCGUACGAUGGGGUGAUCAGAGAGCUGCUCCAGAAACCCAACGCGAGGGUGGUGGUGCUCUUCAUGCGCGGCGACGACUCGCGGGAGCUGAUCGCGGCCGCCAACCGCUUCAACGUGUCCUUCACCUGGAUCGCCAGCGACGGCUGGGGAGCGCAGGAGAGCAUCGUCAAGGGCAACGAGCACGUAGCUUCUGGGGCCAUCACCUUGGAGCUUGCGUCCCAUCCAGUGAAAGAGUUUGACAAGUACUUCCAGAGCCUCAGCCCUUACAACAACAGGCGCAACCCCUGGUUCAAGGACUUCUGGGAGCAAAAGUUCCAGUGCAAUCUGCAGAACAGAAAGCCACAUAAAAAGGCUUGUGAAAAGCACUUCACCAUCAACAGUUCCAACUACGAGCAGGAAUCCAAGAUCAUGUUCGUUGUCAAUGCUGUGUAUGCAAUGGCCCAUGCCUUGCACAAAAUGCAGAGGACUCUCUGUCCAAACACCACCAAACUCUGUGAUGCCAUGAAGCACCUGGAUGGCAGAAAGCUCUACAAAGAUUAUCUCCUGAAAGUAAACUUUACAG